AUGAUUGUUCAGGUAUUGUGCAUAUAUGCAGCAUAUAUGCUGUCGAACGUUAUACCGGCUGCUUACCAGUACAUUUAUUCAAGAUGCAGAAAUCACCAGGUGUGGGAUGACAUCAAAGGGAGGCAUGUUCUGAUAAACGGCGCAACAGGAAGCAUAGGAGCCGCGCUUGCAUUGGAGUUUGCGAACCGAGGAAUGAAAAUCGUGCUUGUUGGAAAAAACGAAUCUAAGCUGGUAAAGAUCCAUUUGAAGAUAAGCCAGAUUACAGAAUGCCACAUGUAUAUCAUUGAUUACACCAAGAAGAACAAUUUUGACUUCAUAGACAAAUACGACAUCAGAGUUCUAGUGAACUGUGUUGGCACAGCAAACACCAGCCCUGGAUACUUUGUGGAACAUCCUUUUGAAGAGAUCAUAAAGACCAACCUGGAAGGGCCUGUGGUGUUGAUGAAGCGCAUUCUGGCCAACAUGAUGGAGAAUGGGUGUGGAUAUGUCCUAAGCAUAGGGCCAUUGAUGGAGAAUGUGCCUAGUCCAUUGUAUUCAUCUUAUGGAUGCUCAAAGGCUGGCCUAGUGUCGCUCUCUAAUUCGCUUUAUUAUGAGUUGGAAGAAUGUGGAAUCAAUGUAGAGUAUGCAUACUUUGGAUACAUGGGCCAGAGCAAAGAUGGACAGGACAGCUCUUCUGUAUUCAGGCCAUCACCAAGAGUGCUUGCAUGCUCGAUUCUCAGCACAUUUGGAUCUGGAAAGGCGUGCAUUCCUUACCUCCCGCACUUUCUUGUGUAUCUUGUAAUCAUCUGCAUUCCAUCUCCGCUCCUCAACAGGCUCAUAUUCUUCAGCAACAGGCAGAAGAUGAUUGAUGAAAGGAAGCGAAUGGCAAGCUGUUAUAAAGAUAAAGAUCGCUAG